CUGCGGCCCUCGUAAGGAUAAGCGGCUCAGAAAAUGGAUGGAUGGGUCGUUUAUUUACAGUCAUAAACUUCUUGAAUCGCUUGAAACUUGAAAGUAAACUUUCGAGCACUGGAAUUCCGACAGUUUUGAAUGCAUCAUAGCUGCAUAUUAAUGAUCGUUACCCCGCAUAUGUACCAAUUAAGUAUGUUUGACAAAUGAAAUGGCUCGUCUUCAGUUGGCCAACCCAGUAAAUAUUUACCCCAAAAUGUUCAAUAUAUGAUUAAAAUUGAAAAUGGAUACGAUUACGGUCCGAUUUCCGGGGUGCGCGAACGCACCCCGAGCACACGGAAGUGCCGCUCUCAGGCUAGCGCGUUAGGCUAGGCCAGCCAGCCAGCUAGCUAGCUAGCUAACAAGGAUAGUCUGGAGCGGUGUGAUAAGGCGUUUUAUUUUCGCGUGGCCGCAAUAACUUGCGCGGGGCAUUCGAAGUAAACGCCGGGAAAAACGACAGGAACCGCCACCGAGUUCGGGAAGUCGCGAAACGUAAACUAGCGCCGUGUGCGUCGGUCGACAUGUCCUCGUUCUCCGUGGCGGCUCUCGAGAAGAAGCUGUCCGAGCUCAGCAACUCGCAGCAGAGCGUCCAGACGCUGUCGCUGUGGCUCAUCCACCACAGGAAGCACUCCAAGAACAUCGUGCAAGUUUGGUACAGCGAGCUCGUCAAAGCGCCGGUGUCCCGCAAGCUGACCUUCCUGUACCUGGCCAAUGACGUGAUUCAGAACAGCAAAAGGAAAGGACCCGAGUUCACGGAGGAUUUCGCGCCGGUCAUCGUCGACGCGUUCAAACAUGUUUACAGAGAGUGCGAGGACGGCUGUAAGAAGCAACUGGGCCGGGUGCUGUCCAUCUGGCAGGAGAGGGCCGUCUACGACGACGAGCUGUUGGAGCAGCUUUCCAGAGUCCUCUAUGGCGAGAGGAAGCCCACCAAGAGGUCCUACGAGUCCAUCCAAGCGGUCAACGACAACUUUGCCGGCCGGACUUCCCCGGCCGAACCCCCACAGACGUCGGAGCUGAUCCGGGCGCUGCAGGAGCUGGAGAACGCGACCUCGGGAGACGCGCUGCUGCGCCAGCGCAUUUCGGCGCUGCCCGCCGAGGUGCAGGACGCCUCGCUGCUGCACAGGAUCACAGAUAAGGAGUCGGGCGCCCGCUUCUCCCGGCAGGUGGACGACGCCUGCAUGCUUCUGGCGGACUACAGCGGGCGACUGGCGGCGGAGAUCGACGACCGGCGGCAGCUGACGCGCACGCUCACGAGCUUCCUGCAGAGCCAGCGCGACGGCCUGGCGCGCAACGAGCACAAACUCGAAGAAUACAAACGCAAGCUGGCCCGGGUGAGCCAGGUCCGGAAAGAGCUGCGAGCCCGCCUCAACAACCUGCCGGGCGGACUCCGCGGCGCCUCCACCUGACAUUCCACCCUCAAUCUCUCCUUUCUUCUGGUUUUAGUGGAUUUUUGUCCUCUUUUCUUUUAAAGUGUACUUUGUACUCCCCUGCCCUCGUUUCUCCUCCACUUACUGGUAAUUUUACCCGAAUAUGAUUUUUUUUUUUUUUCUUCUUCUUAUGCGUACUACUCGUAGCGUCCCGCCCUUCUCGUCGACUUGCUUUGACUGUGCUCGUGCAGCCACCGUAAACUGCAAUUGCAGAAGUCUACGUAACACGCAGCUGCAUGUAAAUAUAUUUUGAAUUCACGUCAAUGUGAAAUUCUCCAUUCAUAAUGUUUUUUUUUUUAUUAUUGUUCAUUCCUGAAGGUGUCCAAAUAAACAACAUGACAAUGGAA